UAGAAACUGUCACUACUAAUUUCUGGAAAUUUUUUUUUUUGAAGAAGCUCUAAAAACCACAUUUUUUUUGCUAUUUAGUAGUGUCCUUAAAUGCAGAACCAGAAAUAACAACAGUGUUCUUAAUUAAUAACCCCAUUUUUGUUUAAUGGUUGAGUGGAGUAUCCUUUCUCAAUACGUGUUCUCUUCUCUGCCUUCUCAGUUCUAGGUUUUGACCACUUGGCAGGCACUCUUCAAUUGCCUUAUCAACUAGGUUUCAUCAUCACUCGUUAGAAAUUUAUUAGAACAAAUUUUGUGUUAUAUAUAAAUAAUAGUGGAGACCCUCUUCGCUGUUCACUUUUGUUUUCUCAUUUCUUCUAUUUUGUUUUUUCUUACCGUUUCUCUUCUUGUACUGGAGUGUUGAUCUGAGAGUGGAAAAUGAGUUAUUUGGGUUUGGGUGUUAGUCCUGGUACUGUUCCAGUGUACCAUGGAACAAAACUCAAAGUGUUGGAUAGGAAGGUGAGGAUUGCAGAGAUGGUGCUAAGGGGUGUGAGCCUUGGUCUAGGAGUUCUUGCCAUUGUUCUUGUGGUCACUGAUUCCCAAGUCAAAGAGUUUUUCUCCUUUCAGAAGAAAGCUAAAUUUACAGACAUGAAGGCUUUGGUGUUCUUGGUAAUUGCCAAUGGAAUAACUGUUGGGUACUCCUUAAUCCAAGGAUUGCGCUGUGUUGUGAGUAUGGUUAGAGGACAUGUACUCUUCAGCAAACCCUUAGCUUGGCUCAUUUUCUCUGGUGAUCAGGUGAUGGCUUAUGUGACAGUGGCUGCAGUGGCGGCGGCACUGCAAUCUGGCAUGAUUGGAAAGGCAGGGCAAGCAGAACUUCAGUGGAUGAAAGUGUGCAACAUGUAUGGCAAAUUCUGCAACCAAAUGGGAGAAGGGAUAGGAUGUUCUUUAGUGGUUAGCAUUAGCAUGGUGGUCCUCUCUUGUAUUUCUGCUUUUAGUCUCUUCCGUUUGUAUGGCACCAACAAAAACAAACAUUCAGGUUGGUAGGUAUUAUUGAAAACUAAAUAAAUACCGUGCUUUCUUCAACUUAACCACCUACUUCCCUUGUCACUCUUUCUUCCUCGAUGCUAAUUUCGAAGCCUCUUGGUUAUGGAUGAAACAUUAUGAUAGGGAAUGGUGAAUCAUCCUCCACGUGUGAAUUUAAUAAACUUGUGUACUUUAGUUUUACUAUA